AUGCCGUGGCUGAGCGGCGGCCGGCGGCGGCGGCGGGGACAGCCCCGCGAGGCCCCGCGGGAGCCACCGCAGCCGGCACAGCCCCCGCGGGAGCCGCCGCCGGCCGCGCCCCCCGCCGCGGCCCCCGUGCCCCCCGCGCCCUCGGCGCCCUCCGCGCCGCCACCGCCUCGGGCCCGGGAGAGCGCCGAGCUGCCGCUGCCUGCCGGCUGGGAGGAGGCGCGCGACUACGAUGGCCGAGUCUUCUACAUCGACCACAACACGCGCCAGACGUCGUGGAUCGACCCCCGCGACCGGAUAACAAAGCCAUUGACCUUUGCUGACUGUGUUGGGGAUGAACUUCCUUUAGGAUGGGAAACUGUAUAUGAUAAACAAAUUGGAAUUUAUUACAUGGACCACAUAAAUAAGCUGACCCAGAUUGAGGAUCCCAGAGAGCAGUGGAGGCGGGAGCAGGAACGGAUGCUAAAGGAGUAUUUAAUUGUAGCCCAGGAGGCUCUCAAUGCCAAGAAAGAAAUCUACCAGAUUAAGCAGCAGCGCUUCGAGCUGGCCCAGGAGGAGUACCAGCAGCUGCACAAGAUGUGUGAGGACGACAGCCGCUCGUACACCAGCUCCUUCUCUGGAUAUUCAGCAAAUACAAAGUACGACCCAUACCAAAUUAAGGCAGAGAUAGCAAGUCGUCGGGAUAGGCUUUCCAGAUUAAAACGAGAGCUGACCCAGAUGAAGCAAGAACUGCAGUACAAAGAGAAGGGAGUGGAGACCCUGCAAGAGAUUGAUCGCAAGAUGUCUAAUGCUCAUACCAACUACAAACUGGAUGAGGCACAGGCUAUAAUGAGUGAGCUUAGGACCAUCAAGAAAGCCAUUUAUACAGGCGAGAAGGAAAGGCGGGACCUGAUGCAAAGCCUGGCCAAGCUGACUGAUGGCUUCAGGAAUAGCUGUUCUCUUACCGACCCUCUGCAGGAGUUCCCUCCCGGCGCAGGCGCACUGGGCGAGUCUUUAUCUCACCAGUUUUGCGAUGCUGGCUCUCAGACUGACAUCAUAGGCGAGUUCGUCUUUGAUGAUAAAACAAGGCUUGUGGAUCGAGUCAGGCUUAACUGGCAGUAUGAGGAAGCCAGAAAGAGAGUCUCGAACAUCCAGCAGCAGCUGGCCCAGCUGGAGAGCGAGUCGUGGCCGGGCCUGGCUGAGGCCGACAGGGACCGGCUGCAGCUCGUCAAGGAGAAGGAGGCCCUGCUUCAGGAGCUACAGCUCAUCAUCCAGCAGAGGCGACCAGCGGAGGACGUGGUGAGACUGGAGGAGGAGCGGCGGCGCCUGGAGGAGGAGAUCCAGCGUGCCCGGGCCACGUCCAUGCAGGGCGCCACCGAAAGGAUUCUGCUUCAGGAAAAAAGAAACUGUCUCCUGAUGCAGCUGGAAGAAGCCACCCGCCUAACGUCCUAUCUCCAGUCCCAGUUACAAAGCCUUUCUGCCAGCACCCUGACUGUGUCCUCGGGGAGCAGCCGUGGCUCCCUGGCCUCCAGCCGUGGCUCUCUGGCUUCCAGCCGGGGCUCACUGAGCUCUGUCAGUUUCACCGACAUCUACGGGCUCCCACAGUACGACAAGCCUGACACCGAGGGUGGCCCGCUCCUGCGCUUUGACCUCGUGCCCUUCGACUCCCUGGGCCGGGAUGUGGGCCUGGCGGACACCGCGGGGCCCCCGGGCCUGCACAAGCCGAGGCGCUCCCUGGACACGCCACAGUCUCUGGCCUCCCUGUCCUCGCGGUCCUCCCUGUCCUCACUGUCCCCUCCCAGCUCGCCCCUGGACACGCCCUUCCUCCCGGCCUCGCGAGACUCGCCCCUGGCCCAGCUCGGUGAUGGCUUUGAGGUGGCAGGCCUGGGCGCCCUGGACAGGCUGCGGGCUCAGGCCGCCACUGUGGGGGACGAAGACCUGCCGGGUGCUGCAGCCCUGCCGCCGCAUGGGUGCCCCGGGGACGGGGAAGGAUCUCAUGAGCGAGGACCCCAAGUGGCCACGGCUCCCACAGCUGCAGCAGUGACCCUUCGAGAAGACAGCGCCCAGAGGCUGGAGCAGAGACCGUGCCACAUGUCCACCUGCCGGUCUGAUUACUCCCUGGCCAGCGACAGUGGUGUGUUUGAACCUCCCAACAAAAGGAGUGAGGAUGCUGACGAGCCUGUUCGUGGAGAUGCUUGCAGUAACGAGGGUCCCCAGAUCUAUGUUGGCUUUCUGCUUGACAGGGCCAAUGAGUGUCUCCUUGUGAACGUGCUCCAACUGAAGAACUUUGCUGGGCUGAUGGUAAAGGAAGACUGCAGAAUACACAUCCGUGUCUAUCUGCCUCCGCUUGACUCCAGCACACCAAAUACUUACUGCUCGAAGGCUCUGGAAUUGCAAGCCCCCCUGGUAUUUAAUGAAGUGUUCAGAAUCCCUGUGCAUUCAAGCAUGGUGACGUUGAAGUCUCUUCAGUUAUACGUGUGCUCCGUGAACCCACAACUGCAGGAGGAACUGCUGGGCAUUGCUCAGAUUAACCUGACUGAUUACGAUUCAAGCGAGAUGCAGCUGCGAUGGUACUCAGUCCAGGUGUUCACUGGCCCCGAGCCACCCCGGCGGGAAGAGGAGCAGCCAGGAGACUGUGCUGCCCGGGACCUGACACUGGCUGCUUGUGGGAAGACAGAUGCAGUGACGGUGCUACUGGCGAGAACCACAGCGCAACUGCAGGCAGUAGAGAGAGAGCUGGCCGAGGAGCGUGUGAAGCUGGAGUACACGGAGGAGGAGAUCCUGGAGAUGGAGCGCAAAGAGGAGCAGGCUGAGGCCGUGUCUGAGAGGAGUUGGCAGGCAGACUCGGUGGACAGUGGCUGUAGCAGCUGCGCCCAGACCAGCCCCCCGCACCCAGAGCCCUGCUGCGUUGGUGUUGACUCUAUCCAUGGACACACGUUUGCUGGCCAGGCAGAUACUUAUGGCCCCGAGAAACUUCAGCCCCCAGCUCUUAAGGUUGAUAAGGAGACCAACACAGAAGAUCUCUUCCCUGAAGAGGUAGCAAGUCUUCGGAAGGAAAGGCCCAGCCGCAGGGCCCGCGGCUCGCCCUUUGUUCGGAGCAGCACCAUUGUCCGUUCUCAGACUUUCUCGCCUGGAGCACGAAGCCAGUACGUUUGCAGACUUUAUCGUAGUGACAGUGACAGUUCCACACUGCCUCGGAAGUCCCCCUUUGUGCGAAAUACUCUGGAAAGACGAACCCUUCGCUAUAAGCAGCCCUGCAGGUCUUCCCUGGUGGCGCUGGCAGCGCGCACAUCCCUAGACUUGGAGCUGGACCUCCAGGCGUCGCGGACGCGGCAGCGGCAGCUGAACGAGGAGCUGUGCGCCCUGCGCGAGCUGCGCCAGCGCCUGGAGGACGCCCAGCUCCGCGGCCACACCGACCUGCCGGCCUGGCUGCUGCGAGACGAGCGCUUCCGGAGCCUGCUGCGGGAGGCCGAGCGGCAGACGAGACAGACCAAACUUGACUUCCAUCAAGAACAGGCAGCCGAGAAGAUGCUGAAGAAGGCCUCUAAGGGGGUGUGCCAGCUGCGUGGGCAGAACCUCAAAGAGCCCAUCCAAGUGCAGACGUUCAGGGAGAAGAUAGCAUUUUUUACAAGACCAAGGAUUAAUGUACCUCCUCUGCCUGCCGAUGAUGUUUGA